UGAAAGGAAUCUCCUCGAGUCCGAACGGCUGCUGUGAGGGGACGGUGGGGCAGCUCCUGAGUCGGGCGGUGGGAAGGGGAGGCAGGAAGACAGAGAGUGGAGACAGGGGGAGAGAGACAGAGACGAGGGAGAUCUCUGGGGCCAAGCAAAGGGCAAAGCUGAGAUAGAAAAGUGACAGAGGCACAAAGGGAGGGGCAGAGCAGGGGGAGGGGGCAGAGGCUGCAGCUCAGUGUCCCAGCAGGCCACCCUCAGGCAGGACGGCCAAAGCUACCCGCUCCGGCCUGAGGCCCUGCCCGGACUUGGGCUAGACUCUCGCAAGCUCCCACAUGGCUGUGGCUGCCUCCAAGAAGGAGUCUCCCGGCAGAUGGGGCCUGGGAGAGGAGCAGACAGGUACGGCUUUCCUGGAGGCGCCGGCCGCCAGCUGCAGUGCCGCGUGUGCGGGGACAGCAGCAGCGGGAAGCACUACGGCAUCUACGCCUGCAACGGCUGCAGCGGCUUCUUCAAGAGGAGCGUGAGGCGGAGGCUUAUCUACAGGUGCCAGGUGGGGGCAGGGAUGUGCCCAGUAGACAAGGCCCACCGGAACCAGUGCCAGGCCUGCCGGCUGAGGAAGUGUUUGCAGGCGGGCAUGAACCAGGACGCUGUGCAGAAUGAGCGUCAGCCACGAAGCACAGCCCAGGUCCGCCCUGACGGCACGGAAUCUAACGGGGAGUCCCAGGCGGAGACUCUGGUGGCUCCCCUGGCCGCGGCAGGGCCCAGCCCACGAGGCCCCACCCCUGUGUCUGCAGCCAGAACCCCGGGGCCUGGGACCCUCACACCCCCGGGCCACCACCACUUCAUGGCAAGCCUGAUAAAGGCUGAAACCUGCGCUAAGCUGGAGCCAGAGGACGCAGCUGAUGAGAACAUCGACGUCACCAGCAAUGACCCUGAGUGCCCCUCGUCCCCAUAUUCAUCCCCCUCCCCCCGUGGUCUGGACAGCGUUCAGGAGACGUCAGCUCGCCUGCUUUUCCUCGCUGUCAAGUGGGCCAAGAGCCUGCCUGUGUUCUCCAAGCUGCCCUUCCGGGAUCAGGUGAUCCUGCUGGAGGAAGCCUGGAGUGAACUCUUCCUCCUCGGAGCCAUACAGUGGUCUCUGCCUCUGGACAGCUGCCCGCUGCUGGCCCCACCUGAGGCUGUGGCUGCCGGCAGCUCCCAGAGCCGGCUGGCGCUGGCCAGUGGGGAGAUGCGCUUCCUGCAGGAAACCAUCUCACGGUUCCGGGCAUUGGCGGUGGACCCCACGGAGUUUGCGUGCAUGAAGGCCCUGGUCCUCUUCAAACCAGAAACACAGGGCCUGAAGGAUCCUGAGCACGUGGAGGCCUUGCAGGACCAGUCCCAGGUGAUGCUGAGCCAGCACUGUGAGGCCCAUCACCCUCGCCAACCCGUGAGGUUUGGGAAACUGCUCCUGCUCCUCCCGUCUCUGAGGUUUGUCACUUCCGAGCGCGUGGAGCUCCUCUUUUUCCGCAAGACCAUAGGGAACACUCCGAUGGAGAAGCUCCUCUGUGACAUGUUCAAAAACUGAUGCAGGUGGAACCAGAUGGGCACAGCCACUUUGGAAAACAAUCGACUGAAGCGAAACAUUCGCCUGCCCUGUGACUCAGUAGUCCCACCUGCGCCUAGCAGAACUGUCCACCGAAAUAUAAGAAUAUUUAUGGCAGCUUUAUCCAUAAUAGCCCAAACUGUACAUUGCCAGUAGAAUGGAUUAACAAAUUGUAGUAUAGUCAUGUAAUGGAAAACAGAAAUAAAAAAGAAUAGGCCACCAAUACAUGUGAAAACAUGGAUGAAUUUCACAGACAUGAAAGUCGAACAGAAGCAGCCAGGAAGAAGCCCGGCUUCGGUUCCAGGACGGGUGGGCCUGACGAGCAGCGUGCACGGCUGGCAUGGCGGUGCCCUGCACCGGCAGUGGGGCCUUCUGCUGUGUUACAGGUGGUCUUUAUUUUGAUCUGGGAGGUGGUUUCACAGAUUGAUUCAUUUGUAAAAAUUAUUUAAGCUGUGCCUUUGAGAUCUGUGCACAUCACUGUUUUAUGUUGGACCUCAACGAAAAAGUAAAAACACAAAAACAGGAGAGGAAUGUGGCCAGAGCUCUCCCUUUGAGGCUUUCACACAGGAAGGUUCGCACUCCAAGUCAGCGUCCGGUCCGGGUGUGACCAGGUCAAGGCCCGAGAAAAAUCUCCCACUGGAGCUGGGCGGAACAGCCCAGCUUCCCUCCAGAUGGCCUCCCACCCUCCCACGGCUUCCCUUUCUCCUCCUUAGCCUUCCUCACUGCUCAUGAACAAAGGUGAGAACAAAGGUGAGAACACAAGCCAGGUAUAGGCACUUUUCAUGAAAGGGAAUCGCCAUCAUUUCGUAAUUCCUUAUGAAGGAUGAAGCUCAGAUGAAUCUCAUACCCUUUCCAAGGACAGACCCAGAAGAUUUGGAAAUAAUAGUAAUAAAAAGUUAACAUAUAUCAGGCACUUUAUAUAUCAGGCAAUGAAGGGAGCGCUGAUUGUGCAUUGUUAUCUAAUCCUCACAUCAACUCUGGGGGAGGGACCAAUCAUCCUCAUUUGUAAAUGAAAAAACUGGGAGCUUAGCGAGGAUUCCAACCAGGCCAUCACACUACUUAACUAGUGCAACGCUGGCACGGACCCCUCCCCACGCCCCCUCUAUCCCCAGAAUCCACCGAACAGUCUGUUGCAUUUUCUGUCUUCAAAGAAAUGUUUGAAAGCAAGAAGGAAAAGGUCAUGUGAUAAGUCUGUGAAAUCCUUGGGGAUCCCCUGCCCUGUAGCCUGCGUACAGAGUCUCCUAGCUGACAAGAGAUAUCCUGCCCUGACAGAGGAAGACAGAACACUCUGCUUUGGAAAUGACAAUAGCUAGGCUGUUGCCCAGAGAGGAAAGAGUAUGGCAAAUCCUGUCCAGCUUAAGCCCUUCCCAACUAAGCACUCAAACUACUUGAGACUCUUCUAAAAGCAUGAGACUUGCCUCAGUUACUUGGGCCAUUUGAUGUCUAUACCAUUACACUAAAGACCUAUUUAUAGAAAGCCUGAGCAAAGGAACUUCAGCAAGAAGCAUGGCUGAAAUGUGAACAGACAGGCACAUGUAUCCUACAGCCUUGCUUCUGAGAACAUAAGACUGCAAAAGCCACCUGCUGAAAUUCACAAAGAGUGUCUGGGGUGUGCGGCGCAGCAGUGAAAGAGAUUGUCUCGGAUCUCCAGGAGGAAGUCUGGGAGAGUUAGAGGAGGUGUAUAGGCUGGAUUGUCUGUGGUCAGCCUGGUGUCAAUACCACCCUCUUCUACAGUCUUGUGUUCGCUGCAGAGAUUCCAAGAACUACAUUUCCCAGGAUCCCUUCCCCCAUGACUGCUGAGGGAAGGAGGGAAGCACAGGAGGCCUGGAAGGUCAGUAGAUGCCUUUAUUCUUCCGAGGUAGUUGCAGCUGGAUGCGUGGGGGAAGACAGACUACCCGGGGCCCUUCUCAGGAACUGCAGUGGCCUCCAGGCAAGCUUCUGAGGACUUUGGAACUUUGGGCUGAGAUCUGUGUUGUCAUUCUCGACCUGUGUGCUUUCUCAGUUCUUCCAGUGUUUAAGUCCCCAAUUCCUGUGUUAAGUCCUUCUCACUUGGACUAUAUGGAGAGGCUUAUGUUUUCCCAAUACAAUGCAGCUCUCAGUGGAUCCCAGGAUUUAUUCAACAUUUCACUGUAGACUGGCCCCACUGACAUUCGGAUGGGUAGCAGUGGGCCCUUGCUAGGAGAGAGGGUACUAUGAAAACUUUUUUGUUUUUUCCCUCAAUGCCAGAAAUGCCUUUGGUUAUGAAGUACACAAGAGGGAGUUUUGGGGGCCCUAUCUGGGCCUUUCCUUUCAGCUGCAGGUUUCAGAUUCAUGACAUGCUUCUCCUCCACCCUUAAAGGAGUAUUUAAAGGUCAAAGGGGCGGAGAAAGACUCAAAGAUGUCAGGAAACACCCUUCAAACUAAUAAACAUAGCCUGAGAGUAGAACCCAGAUCUUAGGCAUGGCUAGUCUCCAGGGGGUAGGCAUCAUCCCCCCACUAGAACUCAAACACAACAGGGGCAGGGAGUUUUGUCUUGUCACCAACGUACCCCAAGCAAUACCUGUGGGUGCUCAGUAGUAUUUCUUUUUUUUUUUAAUGUAUUUUAUUG